CCCCGCCAACCGCGAUGGUUACGCGACAGUUUGCGAAUGGCUGCGGUAUCGAAAAGUACCAGCUGGGUUGAUUACUGCUUCAAAAUCAUCAUCAUUGGCGAUUACAGAGUUGGAAAAACGUCUCUGCUAUGCAAGUACACUGGUCGUGAAUAUCGCACACCAAGUUCCACCAUUAGCGUGGAUUUUCGCGUGAAAACUCUACAGAGAAACGAGAGAAGAAUCAAACUUCAAAUAUGGGAUAUUGCCGGACAGGAGCGAUUUCGUACCGCAGUAGCUGGUUAUUAUCGGGGAGCCUUGGGUGUCAUCCUGGUGUAUGAUGUCACAAAUAGACAGUCUUUUCAGAAUAUUGGAUACUGGCAUGAAGAAAUGAGGAAAUUCUGUGAAACACAUGCUAAAGGAAUCCUUAUAGGUAACAGAUGUCACUUGUCACAUUUAAGAGAAGUACAACCAGAGGAAGGGAAAAAUCUUGCAGAACACCUUCAGAUGCCUUUCUAUGAAACUAGUACAGAGAAAAACAUCAAUAUAAAUGAAUGCUUUGAUGAGCUAGUGGAUAGUCUUCUUGAGGAAAUAGAAAGAGGGCAGCAGAUGAAAGAGUUAAAUACGCUACUGCUUCCAGCAAGUGGUCAAGAAGACAGGGCUGUAGAGGCAUGUUCAUGUAAAUUGCUGUGACUGAAUAAUUAUGAAGAUUGUACAUAAUUAUUUUUGUAUUUGGUUAAGGAAAUUUAAGGGUUAACAGUCAAGGAAUAUAAUGUACUAGUAAUUAUCUAACAUAAAUAAUUGUGUUAAUAGUCUCGGUGUAAUGCUCAGUACAGGGCUCUGUAUUGACUCCUCAGCAGGAUCUCUGUAUAUUCUAUCCAAACAUGGUUUCAAUAUUAGAAAGAUAAUCCGAGGGCUCCCAGGGACAAUUGCUUAAAUUGUCCAGCAAGUACAAGGGUCAAUCAUUUCUUCAAUUCAUUUCUCAACUGCACUUCAUAAAAACAUUUCUUUCAUUCAUCAUUCCUUUGUUUCACGGGAACAUAUUAGUCCAACAAACUGAUCUGCUCUCAACUGCGUGGUUUCAUAGCUCAGUUGGUAAGAGCACUGCACUAGCAUCGCAGAGGUCAUGGGUUUGAAUCCCAUUGAAGUCACUUUAAUUUUUCAGGUAAAUACACAGAACAAUUGCUUAAAUUGUCCAGCAAGUGUGGGGAUCAAUCAUUUCUGCAAUUCAUUUCUCAACUGCACUUCACAAAAACAUUUCUUUCAUUCAUCAUUCCUUUCAUGGGAAAACAUGGGUCCAACAAACUGACCUGCUCUUGACUAGUAAGUUAAGUUUUUAUUUAACGAGAGAAACACAAAAUAGUAUGUACAUAGUAAUAGACUACUGGCCCUCUUACAGGAUAAUAAAUAUACUAGAAUUAAGAUUUGCAGGGAUUAAAGUUACUAAA